GCGCAUUUUAAACAGUAUUGAGACAACACGUGGAUUUUGUUUUGUGUUUUAAUACAUUUCACCUUUCAGAUUGUUAUGAUAAUAUUAACAAACUGACCGAUUACAGAAUUGAUUCACGAUGCUACGAAGGCAGGCUCGUUUGCGACGAGAAUAUGUUUAUCGAAAAACACAAGAAAAUAAACUAAGGACAAUCCAAGAAAACAAGCAAACGAUAAAAAAAUCGCUUGAUGAAAAUCGACGAAUUCCUAGUCAGUUGGCAGAAAAUGCUAUUGAUAUUCAGAAAACCAUAGGGUGGGAUGACGAAGGAGGAGAAGGUGCAACAACUAAUGUUGAUGAUGAAUAUAAAUGGGCUGGAGUUGAAGACCCUAAAAUCAUUGUUACCACAGCAAGAGACCCCAGUUCCAAAUUAAAAGAAUUUGCGAAAGAAGUGAAAUUGCUUUUCCCGAAUAGCCAGAGAAUUAAUCGCGGACACUAUGAUAUAAAACAGUUGAUUGAAGCAUGUAGAGCAAACAGUGUUACAGAUCUUGUCAUUAUUUCUGAACAUAGAGGUACACCUGUCGGACUGAUUGUGUGUCAUUUGCCUUAUGGACCAACUGCUUACUUUUCUUUAUUUAAUGUGAUUAUGCGUCACGAUAUACCUGAAGUAGGAACCAUGUCUGAAGCGUUUCCACAUCUUAUAUUUCAAAAUUUUUCGUCAAAAUUGGGAAAUAGGGUACAAAGUAUUUUGAAAUACCUUUUUCCUGUUCCAAAAGAAGACAGUAAGAGGAUAGUAACUUUUAUUAAUGAUGAUGAUUUUAUAUCCUUUAGACAUCAUGUGUAUGAAAAGGGUGAAGGAAAAGAAAUCAAACUGAAAGAAGUAGGGCCCAGAAUGGAAAUGAAAAUAUAUCAAAUUAUACAAGGAACAAUUGAAAACACAGCAACAGCUGAUGUUGAAUGGGUUCAUAGACCAUACAUGAACACAGCUAAAAAACGCAAAUUUUUAUCUGAUGAAAUAUAAGUUACAGCUGUUACACUGUAUAUUGAUAUUAUCUUUUCUAUGUAUUGUAUAAUAUUUGUUAAAGAUACAUUAUGUAAGAUUUAGAUAAAGAACUAGCCAUUCUUGCUAUAAUAGUUCGAAAGUCGAUGUAAAAUGAAUAAUUUGAAAAUUUCAUUCAAAUUACUCUAUUGCAAGCGAAGAUAUUAGCCUUUGAAGGUUUGACAGACGUGUGCUAUAAUUUCAACCACCGUACUGGUUGAUCGAAGCUAAGUCUCCAUCCUCCAUAUUUGAUUAAAUCAAAGUAUCGCUGAACCAUUCUAAUCUAUUUAAUAUCGGAGAAAUCUGAUGUCAUCGUGAGUUGAUUAAGGCCUGGAUCAGUUAAUUAAUGUCUAAUUAAUACUUUAGAAAACAUUUCAAGCCUAAAGAAAGACCUGCAAUAGGCAGAUUUAGCUCUUGCAUAAUGCAUGUUUAAAGAUACCUUCCCACGUACUAACUGUAUGAUUUGAUGAUAUAUUUAGACUAAAAACAUAUUCAAAUUAAUUAAUCUAUCAAAAAUUUGCUUUAAAUCCUUCUCAAAACUGUGUAUUCCCGAGGAGAUACCCGAAGCUACAUGUAUGUUUAGAAGCCAUGUUUGUCACCUAACUUGAUUGAGGGAGGGUCCAUUUUUCAGAAUGUAUUUGUCAUUAGUUACUGUCCAUUUAUCAUUCAUAUUGAAGCCUAAGUAAAUUCUUGAAUUAAAUUCUGCCGUUUAAUUGCAGAGUCUGUUAUAUGUUUACACCCCUCAAUGUUCCCAAAAUCACCUAACCAUUCCAUCUAGAAAUAACAACUUCUCCCUAUCUUCUAUGUCAAGCUUGUAGACAAUAAGCCGUCGGGUUGCCAGUUGGUGAUACCCUGACAUUUUUUCCCAGUGCUUGCCCCAUAUGUGUUUUUUGGGUGAUCCAUUAUAUUUUUUUAGUAAGAUUGGGUGUCUAUAUACUUUCCAUAUAUACCAAAUUUGCCAUACUUUUAUUGGAAAUAACCACCGAUAACUAGUUUCAUGAGAAAGUAUCUUUAAUUUAAUUGAAUAUAAAAAAUUAAAACUAUGAAAAUAUUUAAA